AUGGCGGACAGACUCCCUGGUCUCACUUCCGCUCCGAGCCUCCCUGACCUUCCGCUCUCCACUCUGACGUCCGCGCUCACCUCGCUCUUCCUCCCCCACCCUCCCGCCGCCGACCUUGGCUCCGCCCCCGCCUCGCCACGUCAUCGGAGACGGGCCCGCGCGGUCGGCCUCUUGGCGCAGGCGCCGCGGUGGGAGCGCGCCAGGGAGGCUGCGAGCGCCAACUUCCAGCGGCGCGUCUUUGCCUUCUUUCUGUCCGGCUCUGACGCCGCUGGGCGUGCGUCGGGGGGCGGCAUCCGCGACGCCUUCCUGCUGCGGUUCCUGCGCGCCCGGGACUUCGAUCUGGACCUGGCCUGGCGGCUACUGAAAAACUACUUUAAGUGGAGAGCAGAAUGUCCAGAAAUAAGUGCAGAUCUCCACCCUAGAAGCAUCCUCGGGCUCCUGAAGGCGGGCUAUGUCGGCGUCCUGAGAGCCCGAGACCCCACCGGCAGCAAAGUUCUGAUUUACAGAAUUGCACACUGGGACCCGAAAGUUUUCACAGCUUAUGAUGCAUUUCGUGUGAGUCUCAUCACGUCGGAGCUUAUUGUUCAGGAGAUAGAGACACAGCGGAAUGGAAUCAAGGCUGUCUUUGAUUUGGAAGGCUGGCAGUUUGCUCAUGCCUUUCAAAUUACCCCCUCUGUAGCCAAGAGGAUUGCUGCUGUUCUCACAGAUUCCUUUCCAUUAAAAGUUCGUGGUAUCCAUUUGAUAAAUGAGCCAAUAAUUUUCCAUGCUGUCUUUUCCAUGAUUAAACCAUUUCUGACUGAAAAAAUUAAGGAACGGAUUCAUAUGCAUGGGGACAACUACAAGCAAAGCUUACUCCAGUAUUUCCCAGACAUUCUUCCACUGGAAUACGGUGGUGAAGAGUACUCCAUUGAGGACAUCUGUCAGGAGUGGACAAAUUUUAUAAUGAAGUCGGAAAAUUAUCUCAGCAGCAUUUCACAGACGGUUAAAGAAGAAGUUAUUUAA